GUAACCUACACCUUAAAUUUUCUUCUCUCUACCUUCAUCUUGUUUUGAUCUUCUUUCACAAAGAAAAAGAAAAAUCAGAGUACUGUUUUUGUAAAAUGGAGGAGACCUUUUGGCUGAUAACUUGUGGUGUGGUAGUAGCUUUUGCAUUAGCAAAAUUACAAUUUGGCAAGAAAUCAUCUCUGUCUACAAUGGAAUGGCCAGCAGGUCCAAAGAAGUUGCCCAUAAUUGGGAAUCUUCAUCAAUUAGGAGGUGAAGCGUUUCAUGUUUGUAUGGAAAACAUGGCCAAAGUUCAUGGAAGUGUCUUUACCAUAUGGCUUGGAGGUUGGCGUCCAUUUAUAGUCAUAAGCGAUGCCGAUAAAGCUUGGGAAGUUCUUGUUAAUAAAUCUUCGGAUUAUUCUGCGAGAGAUAUGCCCGAUAUUACUAAAAUUAUUUCAGCAAAUUGGAAGAAUAUUUCUCAUUGUGAUUCUGGUCCAUUCUGGCAUAAUUUAAGGAAAGGUCUUCAAAGUGUUGCUCUAACUCCUUUUAAUGUUGCGUCUCAAUAUCAUUUCCAAGAAAGGGACAUGCAAAAUUUGAUCAAAUCUAUAUAUCAAAAAACGUUGCACAAAAAUGGAACCUUGAAACCACUUGAUUAUGUAAAGGAAGAGACUGUUCGAUUACUAAGUCGACUUAUAUUCGGUCAAGAUCUCGUGGACGAGGAUUUCGUUGUUGGUAUGCAUCAAGCUCUCGACGAGUACAUAGAAACUAUAAGUAGAGCAAGUCUAGCUGAUGUUUUUAAAUUUUGUGAGAAUCUACCAAGCCAUAAGAAAACUAUUCGAGCAGUUCAUGCUAUCAAAAAGCGGAUUGAUAGUUUGAUUCGUCCGUACAUUGUUUCUAAGCCUCCUACAAAUACUUAUCUACAUUUUCUUCUAUCUCAAGAUUUUAGUGAAGAUGUUAUAAUCUCUGCCAUACAUGAAGUUUAUGAUUUAGGUGUUGAUGCCACUUCAUUAACAACAGUUUGGGCUCUUACAUUUUUGGUUCGCGAACAAAAGAUUCAAGAAAAACUUUGCCGCGAAAUACAAAAUGUAACCGGAGGGGAAAGACCAGUGAAAGUUGAAGAUAUAAACAAGUUGCCGUAUUUGCAAGCAGUGAUGAAAGAAACAAUGAGAAUGAAACCCGUUGCACCUAUGGCGAUUCCUCACAAAGCCUUAAAAGAUACUUCAUUGAUGGGUAAGAAAAUCAAUAAAGGUACAGUUGUAAUGGUAAAUCUUUACGCUAUUCAUCACAACCCUGACGUUUUUCCGGAACCAUAUAAGUUCAUGCCAGAGAGAUUCCUAAAGGACGUUAAUAGUGAUGAAACUCUAGGUGAUAUUAAGAAAAUGGAAAGUUCUUUGUUAGCAUUUAGCGCUGGUAUGAGAAUGUGUGCAGGAAUGGAGCUAGGUAAAUUGCAAUCAGGUUUUGGUGUUGCAAGUUUUGUUAAUGAGUUCAAAUGGGAUUGCGCUGUUGAAGGAAAAUUGCCUGAUCUUAGUGAAGAACACAGCUUCCUUCUCUCGAUGAAAACCCCACUUGAAGCGAGAGUUACUCGACGUAUCCACUAAAUCAUAUUUCCCAUUGCAUCUGUGAAUAGCAGUCAAAAUCUGGACCGCUGGCGUCUACCGUUCACUAGAAGGCUGCGGCGCAUCAAAUGUGUGAUGACCGGUGUUUAUGUAUGCACUGUGUUUUUUUUUUCCCUUCCAUAAAUGUUGUUGGUUUUGUGUUUAUGCGUGCGCAUGUAAUCGUACCUUGAUAGGUCCUGAAUAUGGUGUGCACUCAUUGUGGUACAGUUAGGUAUUAUUUAGGUAUGUGCGCAAGUGUAAGGUUAUGAGAAUAUAUAAUAUAUGUAUGUGAUGGAUGUUGUAAUCAGAGGAUAUGAAUGAAAAUGUGCUGGUAUCUAGUCAGUGUUGUCAUCA